AUGGCGUCUUACUUUGAUGAUCAUUCCAUCGAAGACCCAACCAAGAAACGACAGAAUCCUACUUCGUCAUCAGCGCUCAAUCCAGAUGUAUCCGACUUUAUGGACCACACCAAUGAAGGAUCUUCUUCAUCUCCUUCUUCAGCUUCCAGAUCAAAUCAAGAUCAACUAAGCAACAUUCAAGACCUCUCUAGAAUGUUUGCUGGCUUACGGGACCGCGGUAUAAACGAACUUAUGAUGGGAGAUCUGCUACGAGAUCUACAAGUAGACAUGAUGAACGGCGUUGGAUCUGGUAACAAGAAACCACCUGCAAGCAAAUUUUGGGUAAAAAUGUUGCCGACCGUCAAAGUUGCUGCUGGUACUACUUGUGCUAUAUGUGUGGAUACGUUUGAAAAGUCAGCGGUCGAGUUGCCGUGUAAACAUCUUUUUCACCGUGAUUGUGUUAAUCCCUGGCUUGCUAUUCAUAAUACGUGUCCUAUGUGCCGCCGAGAGUACCCUACUGAUGAUAAGGUAUAUGAAAAGGAGCGUAAGGAGCGUGAGAAGGCUGCUGGACACGUGGAAGAGGAAGAAGAAGAGUGGGAUCCAUUAUACGGAUAG